CGUCCAAUCAAGUGCUAAGUGGGCGGGCCCUCGUCCUGCAAAACGGUCUACUCCAAAUUCAACCGUUGUGUGAUUGUAAUCCUGAAUCUAGUCUAAACUGUUUAAUAGUUGUUCAUGGGAACGGCUAUUAGAUACUAUUUGAGGUCAUAUACGUUGUGUGUUAGCGUUAGAAAUCACCUGCGUCCCCAGGACUCUCCAACCGAAAGCGCCAAAGUAAGCAGAUGAUAACAGUCAGCUAAAUCAGCUAAGCUAACUACCUAGCUUGAAGCAUGCCGAAUUUUUGCGCGGCCCCAAACUGUACACGGAAGAGCACACAGUCAGAUUUGGCAUUUUUUCGGUUUCCACGGGACCCUGAGAGAUGCCGAAUCUGGGUAGAGAACUGCCGCAGAGCAGACCUAGAGGCGAAAACAUCGGACCAGUUGAACAAGCACUACAGAUUAUGUGCCAAACACUUCGACCCAGCAAUGGUUUGCAAAACAAGCCCCUACAGGACCGUAUUGAAGGACACAGCCAUUCCAACCAUAUUUGAUCUGACAAGCCAUCUAAAAAACCCUCAUACAAGACAUCGCAAGCGGAUUAAAGAACUUACUGAAGAAGAUUUAAAGAAGAUUAAAGAAAGGAGAUUGGCAUCUUCUAUCGAACAGCUUUCCAAAAAAGAUGCAGCCAUCGAGGAUAGCACAAGCACCAAUGAGGAUGAACCUCAACUGUCCACAGAGGAGAAGGAGUUGCGCGAAUACCUGCGAUCCUUGUUUGAGGUGGUGGUCAUGUUAGGAAAACAGGGCAUCCCGUUAGUGACCGGCAAAGCCUCUGAGGCUGAACACGUGUCCAACAACUUCCAGGUCAUCCUAGAUUACCGCAUGAAUGCUGGCGAUGAAGCUCUGAGGAAGCGCUUUCAGGCGACCGCUGUGAACACAGAAUACCUGUCUGCAACCCAGCAGAGCCAGCUGUUGGACGUCUGUGAGAACACAGUGAGAGAGGAGAUGCUAAUGGAGGUGAGGGAGAGUCGCUUCUUCUCCCUAGUGACGGGUGACCUCGUUGAAUUUGCCAACGAGAAACACCUGCCUCUAUUUUUACGCUUUGUGAAUCAGCACAACGUCCUUCGAGAGGAGUUUUUGGACUUUAUGUCGUUCGGUGGGGAUGAGUCUGCACUGGUAGAGAGGCUGGAGGCCCAGCUGACUGACCGUUGGGGGCUAAGCAUGGAGGACUGUCGUGGUCAGGCCCACCAGGCCACCGGGACUUCCACCACCAAGAUGAAAGCUGUGGCAGUAUUACUGAUGGAGAAGUAUCCCCUGGCAUUGCAUCUGCCUUGCUCUCAUAUGGCACUGAACAUCCACCUGGCCAACAAUCUCCCUUUUCCCAACGUCCACGUCGUCAUGGAGACUCUGCGAAGGCUUGGUGCUUUCUUCACAACGCCUUUUACUCUGGAUGAGCUUGAGAAAGCCAUCGCUACUCACUACCAGAAAAAUGAGGAGAAGGGAAGUGCAGUAAAAGAAGCGUCCGGCUCAGGAUGGACAGAGCAGCACAAUGUUUUUGAUGUGCUUCUAGACUUGUUGCCGCCCCUGCUGCUGUGCAUGGACAGCAUUCGGGACAACGCCGACGGCAGGUUUGCCAACGCUGUCACAGCCGACGCGUAUGCGUUCACAGAAACCCUGUCUGAUUUUGAGGUCGUCGUCACCGUCAUCAUCUUGAAGAAUGUCCUCACCUUCACCAGAGCCUUCGGGAGGAAUCUCCAAGGGGAAACGCUCGAGGUGUUUUUCGCCGCCAACAGUCUGACGGCUGUCCUGCAUUCACUGAAUGAGGUCAACGAUAACAUCGAUGUCUACCACGAGUUCUGGUACGAGGAGGCUGUGAGCGUGGCCAACGUGAUGGGGGUUCCUGUGAAGGUGCCGAGGCUGUUCUUCCGGAAACAGCGUGCAGCCGAUGUGGGUGAAAUCCAAGCCGAGGCCUAUUUUAAGGAGUAUGUGACCGUGCCCAUUAUCCAUGGCAUCAUGCAGGAGGUGGAGGACAUGUUCUCUGACACCAACCUCAAAGCUCUUAAGUGCCUGUCACUGGUCCCGGGCGUCAUGGGCCAAAUGAAGUUCAACACCACCGAGGAGAACUACGCAGAAGUCUACCGUAGCGACCUGCCCAACCCAGACACGCUCCCCGCAGAGCUUCACUGCUGGAGAAUCAAGUGGAAGCACCGGGGCAAAGAGGUGCGCCUGCCCACCACCAUCCACGAGACCCUGCAGCUGCCAGAUGUCAAGUUCUUUCCCAACGUCAACUCCUUCCUCAAGGUGCUUUCCGCCCUGCCAGUUCUGAAAGUGGAGGACACCAGAACUGAGGCGGCGAGUGAACGGCUGCAGGCCUACCUCGACAGCGUGCCCGCCAAGCAGUGGAACAAGAGUCUCGCCAUGCUUAACGUCAACACUCAUGUCAAGCACGACUUGGAUGUCAUGGUAGACAAGUACUGCAGACUCUAUUCAGAGGAUGAUCCUGAAGCUGAGGCCGAGCCAGAUGCUGAGGAAGUGGCUGAGGAAGAUACCGAGAUGAAAUGAUGCGGCACGGACACUGAAUUCACUUAGGUGUUCUGGGACAAAAA